GACAAAAAUCACUGCACUUCCCUUAUACCUCGUUUCACCUGUGUUCCAGGGACGUCCUCAAACUCCUCAACUGAAAAUAUGAAGAAGCAAGGUUCAGACAGCAGUCCUGCUCCAGUUUUGCCAGUACUGCCAGAACCACUCAGAGAUCUAAAAAUUAAGUACACCAAGAUAUUUAUAAACAAUGAGUGGCAUGAUUCGGUCAGUGGUAAAAAAUUUGAAGUAUUAAACCCUGCAAAUGAAGAGAAAAUCUGUGAGGUUGAAGAAGGUGACAAGGCAGAUGUAGACAAGGCUGUUAAAGCAGCUAGAAAAGCUUUUGAGCUUGGAUCACCCUGGCGUACAAUGGAUGCUUCAGAGCGAGGAAGGCUCUUGAGUAAACUGGCUGACUUAGUUGAAAGAGAUCGUCUGAUUUUAGCCACAAUGGAAGCCAUUAAUGGUGGGAAACUCUUUUCCAAUGCCUACCUAAUGGAUUUAAGUGCCUGUAUCAAAACGUUACACUACUGUGCAGGUUGGGCUGAUAAAAUCCAUGGGCGUACUGUUCCAGUGGAUGGAAACUUUUUUACAUUUACAAGACACGAGCCUAUUGGGGUGUGUGGCCAAAUUAUUCCUUGGAACUUCCCAUUGGUUAUGUUCAUCUGGAAGAUCGCCCCUGCCCUUUGUUGUGGAAACACAGUAGUUGUCAAACCAGCAGAACAAACUCCAUUGACUGCCCUUUACAUGGGAUCCUUAAUUAAAGAGGCAGGAUUUCCACCUGGAGUUGUGAACAUUGUGCCAGGCUUUGGACCCACCGCUGGAGCAGCAAUUUCUCACCACAUGGAUGUAGAUAAAGUAGCUUUCACAGGCUCUACAGAGGUUGGCAAAUUGAUUAAAGAAGCAGCAGGGAAGAGCAAUCUGAAGAGAGUUACAUUGGAACUUGGAGGAAAAAGUCCUAACAUUAUAUUUGCGGACGCAGACUUGGACACUGCUGUGGAAUUUGCACAUAUUGGUCUGUUCUACCACCAGGGACAGUGUUGUGUAGCAGGAUCUAGAAUUUUUGUGGAAGAGCCUAUUUAUGAUGAGUUUGUUCGCCGGAGCAUUGAACGAGCAAAGAGGUAUACUCUUGGGAAUCCUCUGUUGCCUGAUGUACAGCAAGGCCCUCAAAUAGAUAAGGAACAAUUUCACAAAAUCCUCGAGCUAAUUGAGAGUGGGAAAAAAGAAGGAGCCAAACUGGAAUGUGGAGGAGGUCCAUGGGGAGACAAAGGUUACUUCAUCCAGCCCACCGUUUUUUCUAAUGUUACAGAUGAUAUGCGCAUCGCCAAAGAAGAGAUAUUUGGACCUGUUCAACAAAUCAUGAAGUUUAAAACUGUAGAUGAAGUUAUCAAGAGGGCAAAUAAUACCACCUAUGGCUUAGCAGCAGCAGUUUUUACCAAAGACAUUGAUAAAGCAUUGACAUUUGCAGCUGCUCUUCAGGCUGGAACAGUAUGGGUUAAUUGUUAUAGUGCAGCCUCUGCUCAGUGUCCUUUUGGAGGAUUUAAGAUGUCAGGAAAUGGAAGAGAAAUGGGUGAAUAUGGCCUUCAUGAAUACACAGAAGUUAAGACUGUCACAAUCAAAAUCCCACAGAAGAACUCAUAAUGCUGAUUGAGGUGCAGAAUUCAGCAUCUUCAAAUGAAUCUGAAAAGGUUAUCUGAAUUCUGAAAAGUCAUAUAUCCCAAAUUAUUCACUAACCUUUUGCUUUCUGAUUGUACAAGAGGUACUUGCUUACAUUAACAAUAUAAAUAAUGUAGGAAAUUUUUAAUGUGACUAACUGAGAAAGGGAAACCUUAAGGUCUGGUACACAGCUAACCAAUUUUGAAAUUCACGUCCUGAAAUAACUAUUUGUUAUUUUCCAUGGAACACCUCUGUAGUGCUAUGAAAAUGUUCCUUUUCCAAUAUGUUCUACAGGU